AUGGCCACCAAAUCUACUCAGCUCGUCCUACCACGCCCCGGGGCGGCUCGCGAGACCCCAACCGCCCCAAUCCCGGGCCCGACCGAAACAACCUUCACAGACACGUUCGGGAAACUGCUGCCCCCAGCACAGUUCUUCACCACGCCCCACGGAAAAGCCGCAUGCUAUGAGCUUCCGCCGACCUCAAGCACCACCCCGACCAAGUCGCCGGACCGCGUGCUGUUCCUCCACGGCGUGCAGACGCCCGCGCUGGGCAUGCUCCCGCUCGCGGGCGCGCUGCACGCGGCCUUCCCGCAGGCGCACUGCGUGCUGCUGGACUGGUGGGGCCACGGGCUGAGCGAGACGCCCGUGGAGCCCCACGAGGACGCGCUGUUCCACGGCCAGGUGGACGCGCUGCUGGACCGCCUGGGCUGGCCGUCCGCGCACUUCGUGGCCUACUCGUUCGGCAGCGCCGCGACGGUGUCGUACGUUGCAAAGAGGGGCCGGAUGCGUGUGGAGAGCAUGGCGCUCGUGGCACCCGCGGGGCUCCUGCGCUCGGCUGGCUGGACGGAUCUGCAGCGCUCGUACAUCAGGGGCGGCAGCCCCGUUGAGGACGAGGCUCGGAGGUGGAUCCUGGAGUUCCUGGAGGGCGGGGACAUUGUUGUGCCGACGGAUUGGAGAGAGCGUGUGGCGCGGGGCGAGGUGGUGGCUGAGGCUAUCCGCGAGUGGCAGAUGCGCGUGCACCCGGGCCACACGGCCUCCGUUGUUGGCGUCUUCAGAGACGCUGGUGUCUUUGACAGGCAUGCCGACUUCGCCAAGGCAGCUGGAACCGGGGUGGAAUCGGUCUUUGUGCUCGGUGGGCUCGAUGAUUUGUGCCCCAAGAGCGAGCUGGAACAGGUCGGCUUCCAUAAUGUCAACGUCGUCCCGGAGGCUGGACACGGAGUUGUCAGAGACAAAGUGACCGAGGUUGCUGGUUUCAUUGGUGAAUUCUGGAAACAGAUACUAUGA